CACAAUUCAUGGAUCAAGUUCUUAACUUUGUUUUGGUUGGAAUUUGGUCGAUUAUGAACGUAAAAACAUUUCUUUUGAAAACAGAACGGUUCCAAAUUUGACCCAAGAAGGAAUCCACAGUUCUAAUCAACGUUUUAACGAAAUAUUGGCAAUGCUUCGACGAUAUUUGAAACGUUCUUUAGUUCGUCCUUUUGUGUGCUCAAGAGUUUCAGCAAGAUUGCUGUCUCGCGCUGAAAGUAAAGCUGCUUUGAAGCCAUUCUAUUUUGCGGUGCACCCGGAUUUAUUUGGUCAGUUCCCAACACAGAGGGCGAUAAACGAAGAUUCCUUGAAGCGCCUGAAUUCCUACAUCGAUAAUCUAGAAAAUAAGUUCCCAGUUUAUCCUACACAUUUGACGUUCUAUUUAAAGAAUGAUGAGGGUUGCCAUGGCGUGAACGUCAAUCGCUGUCAAGAUAUUAAGUUCAAGACAGUGCGAAUUUCUCUGUUUUCACGGGAUCUUUACUUCACCAUUAAUCAAAUACUCAAAUCAUGUGGGAUGAACGAGGAACUAAAUCACGGUACAAAUGACACGUUAUCAAACGAUUUACCUUCGCCGUUCGGCGGUCCGCUGGACUGGCUUCAAGUGAUGAGAAAAUACGGUGAAAGACGAAACAACCACGACCGAGAAUUUCAGAAGAAGACACAACUGACUUUGAAAACUUUCCUACAAGAUGAAAUCGAAAAAGCGAAAGAAAAGCUUGAACAGAGCGCGAAGUCUUACGAAGAAGCAAUGUCUCUUUCUCGUCAAGUUUGCGAUGAGUUAGGACUKGCGGAUCUUAGCUUGGACUGUGGUUGGAGYUGUACAGCGUGCCAAGGAUCUUUGAAGAAUUUGCUUCAGCUGUCAAAGGACAAGAAGUCAGAUACAUUGAGUCUURCCGGUCGGUCUUUGGUUUUGACGAGGUGGACUGGUGUGGACCCACGUGGGAAUGUAAUGCUUGGUGUUGAGGACGUACCGCAGUUUUGGUUAUCUCUAUUUAAUACACUUCAAGACUACAACGUCCUCGUUCACCAAGUUCCUUUAUGGGAAAAGAGACUUUCWAAACCAUUGGGCAAYAUCGAGGUAGUCUACGAUCCAGCAACUCCCCCGUCCCUCGGGGUACUCGAGUACUUAAACUAUUUACACAGACUAGUUAUGGCCCUUAGACGCUCUAGGUUUGGCAGGGUGGGUCACCCACUAUUACCUGGCUCUUUCAAAAACAUCGAAUGUAAWGUCUUCAGUCCAAAUAGUUCUUUAAGUUUAUCAAAUGAUGGGAAGUUCAUCAUUCCUGCUUCGACACCAUCAGAUGUUCUUCUGGACUUUCUAUUGAAGAAUAAAGAGAAGUCCAUUGCAGUGAAGAACGAUUACAUUCGAAACGUAUCAAAAGAAAAAGAAAUGAAUGAAAAGUGCAUAUCAGCUUUGAAGCUGAAAUCGUUGACGAAAGACGAAUCUGUUUCCGUAUCCCAAAUGUUGAGCUGUUUGGAGGCUCUCAUAAGACACCCGUUUGAAGAGCUACACGGCACAAACCUGACUGUAUCGAAAUACUAUCACGUCUCUGAAGAUGGACGUAUAACAAUCCCUUGGGACUGGGAAUAAAUAAAAAGAARCAGUARGAUGGAAAGAAAUGGACGGAUUACGACGAUUUAUCUUAAAAAUUACAUCCAAURUUGCAAUAACUUGUACUCGCUUUGGCCUUUAUUGUCGAAUGCAUCAUCGAAAAACGAAUGACGUAGUUCAUUUUAAGCCUACCACUCGCUCUUGCUACCAGAGUCGUUAGCAAGUUGUAUGUGAUGUUGUUAUUCUAAGUCAAAUUGAUGUAUAAAACGACCUUGACAGAGUAACUUACCUUGAGCAUAGUUAAUAAAGGGAAAUUUCCCUCUACAAACUAUGCCUUGAGCAAGCUACUGCUACCGAAGGACUUUAAUAAGCUCACACAGGGUGAAAUCUUCUAAUAAUGACCAAAUAUAUCGUCCACUGUGAAGCCAGGCUUAUUUCAACGACGUUUUUCCACUCGUGGUGGAAUGACAAUGAAUGCGCUUAUAGGUUUAUGGGUAAUAGAAUGAAUGACACCUCAUUAGGUGUAUCCAAGUUUCGUGGGGCAUGGGAACAAGUCCCCUUAUAGUAUCCCAACGAUACAAAACUCACACAAAAAGCAAAAAAUGCAUUUAGAGUGGCAGGAUUUAGAAGUUUGGUGCAAAUUGAAUCAAAACAAAUUGGUUUAUAGCAAUUCCAAGAUGCUUUCAUUGAAAAGAAACUGGGACAUGCUUACUGAAUUGUUGUAAAUCAUUUGCUUUUUACUCGAAUCACGACAAACGUGCAAAUUCUUCUAAUACAAAUGCGUUUUCUUUUUAUGAGUUUCGUGUCUGUAGAUAAACUURGAAGGCUUGUUCUCGCGACAUAAAAUCAGCUUAUUUUCCCAAUUUCUCGUGAUGUACUAGAAGAAACGUGACACUGAUAUUCAUGUCGAGCUUAACGUUGCCCUUCACUACGGUUUUGCGGUGAACUUUCCGCCAUUUUCUUAAAUAAAUUGGCGACCAUCUUGAAUACCAUCAUCAUUUUCUUUUUAGGUCCAAGAAUUCAUCCGAAAUUGCAUGCUCAAAUGUAAUUUUAUAUAAACUUUGAGGUUAAAAUACUUUGAUAGCCAUUACACAGAAUUUUUAGAAAAGCAAUAAAAGUUCAAGAUGGCCGCCACAUUAUUAGAGGCAAGGGUUUGAGUGAAUUGUACAUAUUUAUUGCAAGAAGAUAUUUUGAUAUUUGAAUAAAUUUGAUUGAACUGAC